CAGCGUAGCCAUCUUGCACCGCGUCUCGACCGUGUCUAAAUCUCAAAAAAGGACGGUUUCUCUUUUUGUGAAACAUACUGAUAACUCACUAAAAGUCUCAACCGGCAUUUCUCACUUAGGGGCUAAAGCAGCCGUGCAAACAAGCCGUCUGGGAUUCGGUAUUUGACGAAAACACUCGGAAACCGCCGCUGUGUUUACUGCUAGAAACGAAUCCUCUGGAAUGACAGUUGAAGCCAUUAGGACCGCCUUAUAGGCCGCGGAACAGCCAAUCACAGCUCAGCUAAGUGCCUCCAACAAGACGCCGAGUUGUUCAGCGCAUGCGCACGUCAACUGGAAGGAACACGCUGGCAGGAGAGAUGAAUAGAUGCGCCAAAGCCUAGCUCCAUCACUUUCUUCAUUGUUUCUGAUCCGAACAAGUUGGAAGUGCAUGGAGUGUCAACAUAACAACGUCCCUAUGGUUAGUCGGCGGACUUUGCCACGGGACACGAGGCUGACAAAACAGUCAUUAUCAGUGUUUGUGUGAUUUAUCAUCUUCACUCGUCAAGAGGAAGUGGGCUUAUACUCUGCGCAGACAUUCAAUGACCAACUAUGAACUGUCACAGUUCAGGAAGUGCUGUGCCUCCCGUGGGAACGACAGUGGCGGGUUGUAACAACAGCUGUCCCGUGACAUCUGUCAGUAGUAGCGUGUUGUCCAAGGGGUCGAGCACUGCCAUCGUGCCUCCCUCGUCAAACUCUGUCAUCCAAACGCCCCUCCCCAACUCGCUAGGUGUCAUCACCUCAGGUCCGACUGUGACCCCGACAUCAGGAGCUACCGUGACCCUCGUCAGACCUCCUAUGCAAACCGUGCAGUUAGGUCCAACUUUGAACGGGAAUAAUGAUGGGAUUCGGACGGUUGCGCCCACGGUUAAGGUGGAGCCAACCGCCACUAACCUUCAAGUUCCAGCGCAGCAGCCUGUCACGUCUGACGCUGCAAGUGCCCCACGUGCUGCCGGUCCAGGUGGGGUCCAAACACUGACGCAACAGAUGUUGUCACCUAGGCUCCCUCUUACAUCUACCGGGCAGCCCAGUUUGCAUAACAUCCAGCUUCCCCCUGGAAUGGUGCUUGUACGCAGUGAGGCUGGACAGCUCCUGAUGAUUCAUCAGCAGGCACUGGCCCAGAUGCAGGCGCAGGCUUUAGGUGGCAUGGCACCCCGAACUGCUACGCCUAACAUGCCUCCAGGCCAGGUUCCUCUAAACACUAUCAUCAGCAGACAAGCAUCUCCGAGCACCAUUAUCCGACAGGGCUGUCCAACUCCAACAUCGUUGCCUUCCACUACUACUCUUCAUAGACCACCUGUCCUUCAUAGUUCAGUGGGGACGGCCAUACAGGGAAUGGCCCAGAGAAGCCAAACAGCUGGGACCACAGUUACUAUGAGUAAAGAGACAAUGGAGAAUGUGAACAAAUGCAGGAACUUCUUGUCGACACUGAUCAAGCUGACCUGUACUGGCAAGCGAUUAAGUGAGGCUGCCAGUGUGAAACAGCUGGUGAAAGACUUAUUGGAGAGUAAACUGGAGGCUGAAGAAUUCACCAGCAGACUAUAUAAAGAGCUUAACUCUUCACCCCAACCAUAUUUAGUGCCUUUCCUCGAGAAAAAUCUUCCCGCCUUGAGGCAACUUACACCAGACUCGGCAGCCUUCAUUCAGCAGAGUCAGCUUUCCCAGCCAGCCCCUGGCUCUGUCUUGUCCACCUCACCAAGUCCUACUACAGUUGUCCUUAGUAGCCCUGCACCUCGCCUUGCCGCUCAACUCAACAGACCCCAGCUUCAGCCAAAUGUUAGCAAACCUGGACAGACGCCGUCAAUUCAGAGAGCAAUGCUGAGACCUCAGGUACCCUUAGCCAUGUCCCCUAUGGUGAAUAUCAGGAAUCAGGUCCCUGGUCGCAUCGUUUUGGGACAGCCGCAGGUCCAUCUUAAAGAGCUGCAACCAUUUCCUGCGAAGUCGGUGGCGACUACCAUUUCUAGACAAAGCUCAGCUGCAGUUGUGACUACAAUGCAAAAUAAUAGGCUGAAAGAAGCAGCUGGUACUUUCAAAGAUGACGAUGACAUCAAUGAUGUAGCCUCCAUGGCUGGAGUUAACCUAUCUGAGGAAAGUGCCAACAUCCUUGCAACUGGAUCAGGACUUGUAGGAGCAGUGACACAUUCCUGUAAGGAUGAGGCUUUUCUUUCCUACGUCAUGUUACAGAGGAGAAUGCUGGAGAUUGCCCGCAGACUUGGAGUGACAGACCUCGGUCCAGAGGUAAUAAAUUUAGUCUCACAUGCUACUCAGCAGCGACUACGUGAUCUACUGGAAAGAGUUUCCCUAGUGGCCCAGCAGAAAAAUGGCAAUUUCAAGGAGGAAGAAAACUAUGAACAGAGCAGUGAUGUUCGUUCUCAGCUCAAGUUCUUUGAGCAGCUGGAUCAGUUAGAGAAACAGCGGAAGGAGGAACAAGAGAGAGAGAUUCUCUUAAAAGCAGCUAAGUCUCGAGCUCGUCAAGAGGACCCCGAGCAGCUACGUCUGAAACAGAAAGCUAAGGAGAUGCAGCAGCAGGAGCUGGCACAGAUGAGACAGAGGGAAGCCAAUUUGACUGCCCUUGCCGCCAUUGGCCCUAGAAAAAAGAGGAAGAUUCCUGAAGCGCCUUCUUCCACAGCUGUAACAGAGGGAUCGGGCUCCAUUAUUUCAGGGGGUGUUGGUUCAACGGGCUGCAGGCCCACACGGCAGCGCAUCACACGUGUCAAUCUCAGGGAUUUGCUCUUCUGUUUGGAGAACGAGAGAUUUACCAGUAGCUCCAAUUUUCUCUACAAAGGCUUUCUCAAAUAGACUUGAUAUCAACAAAGAGAGGAGCCAGAAUGGAGUGUGCGGAGAGACCGAUCCCUCCCAGCACACCGAGGGCAUACAAGGCUCCCGAGCAGACUAUUUGAAACUGGGGUUCUUCACUUUGGCAGAUAAAGGACCUGCAACAGUUAAGUAUAUACUGUAAAGAUAUAUUAAAUCACCUUUCUACCUCCCCUUUAAAGGCUUAUUUACUUCCUGAACAGCAAUGGACUCUCUGCACCUUCGCUCUGAAAAAUCAGAUUUAUCAAUGAAUGUUAAUAAUUUUAUUGAUUUCAAAUUAUGCUAUGAUGCACUCACUCGUUUUGUUUAGUUUUUUUUUUGUUCCUUGUUGGUAAAUGGAUUACAAUUUAAAGCACUGAAAACAACCAUUUUCGUUUUAACUCCACACAUUUAUAUUAAAUCAUAAACUUACUUGUUUUUAAGUGAAUUAACAAAUUUACAGUCACACUGUGUGUCCUACUGAAUUGCCUUCUUAACUAUAAGCCAUAGCAUACUCUGCUGUAAAUCGUAAAUAUCUAGCUCCUUUUUAGACUAGAUUUUGAUUCAUAUUUAUUUACCAAAUUAAAUAAUUGUUUAAUUUAUUUGAUGCAUUGUACCUUAAAUGUAUACGUUAUUUUUUUUUAACUCAUGGUGUGUAGAUUUGUGUGUGUGUGUGUGUGUGUGAAGUGUGCUUCUGUUCGAAUAACAAUUUUCUUGAUUUAUAUAACUCAAGUUGAAGGCAAUUGAUUUGUUUUUAAAGUUCCCCAGCGCUGUUCUACUCAUUCUCAUAGCUACUGCAGUUAAUUCUAUCUAAAUAUAUUUUUUUGCUCGAAGCCCUUUUAGUAUCUAUGGUUGGGGGGUGGGGUGUAUAUUUGUAAAUGUUUCAUCUUUUACAUGUUUUAUAGAAUUUAUCCAUAUAAUAAAAUGUUUCCACAAAUGAACAUUUUUAAUAAAU